UAUUAAAGCAUUCUCACCAAUCUCUCUCUCUCUCUCUCUUAAGUUCUCUCUUUCUCUCCGAUCGUCGCAGCUGAGUCUCUUCUCUCCCCAAUCUUUUGACAUCUCACAAGCGCAAAAAUGCCUUGGGGCCGCUAUGACUGUUCUCACCGCCUAGGCCUGUAUCACCCACAACCUCCCAAGCACAAAUUUUGUAUGAGAAAAACCAAAGCCACGGAUUUCGAACUGGCAUCGUUGGAGAUUAUACUUGAUCAAGUGAAUGCUGACCUGGCUCUGCCCAACACUCCCUCUGACCUAGAACUUUGGAAGAAUUUGAAGAAGGAUGUUCUUGAUUCCAUUGCUGAACGUGAGGCUGAAAUAUUGGCUGAACGUGAGGCUGAAAUAUUGGCUGCACGUGAGGCUGAAAUAUUGGCUGAACGUGAGGCUGAAAUAUUGGCUGAACGUGAGGCUGAAAUAUUGGCUCCAAAGCUCGAGUUUCAUUGCAGAGUUUCUGCUAAAGCUCCAAAGCAGACAGCCAAAACAACUGAAGUUCCGAAGUAGGAGGGAAAUAUAGUGUUGGAGACUUGAUAUUCCUUCGUUUGUUUUAGAUGUUCCAAGAAACAUAAUAAAUAAGUCAUGUUGACUGUGUUGUGUAUAAUAACACUAUGUUUAAGAAUUUAGCUUGGUUGUUUGGAUUUGGAUUUUGUUUUGUUACUGCCUUAAUGCCUUCUGAAAGUUCAAUAUGUACCCUUAGCAUCUAUCUUAAUAAGUCCUCAUUUAUGGAUGGGGAGUGUCUAAUGAUC